CGCGUGUACGCAAUAAGUAAAAACUUUGGUACGGAUGUGAUGGGUACACGCGUGCCUUUAGUCACGUGACUAUAAAGCCACAAGUAGGAAGCCUCAGACUUAAAGCUAAGAAUUUCAGUCCAGUGGAGACAUUGUUCACUAUGACAGCAGCUGGUCGACAAACCUUUGUCCUGAGUCUUCUUUGCUUCCUGCCAUGUGUAUGGAGCUACAAGACUUACCAAGAUUUUAUACCUAACGGAGUGCGGGUGCCCCACCCGUGUAAAGACAACUACCUGUGGCACGGGGUGGGCCACAUAAACAGUCAGGGCGGCGGCUCCAGGAACGUCUUUGGCCUCGCUUUCGCUCAGGCUGGUCACGUGUGGACAGUGGACCUGUGUCAGACAGACUCUGAUGGCGACGGCAGAACAAACGGCGAGGAGCUGGGGGACCCCAGGUGUGUCUGGACACCUGGCAACACACCUGAAAAAACUACCGGCAUCACCCAUCCAGGUAUCUGUGAGCCACUUGACAGUGAGCAAUGCCAGAUGAAGUUAGUGCCGCUCACGGCAGGAGGGGCGUACAAAUAUCAAAAGGACUGGAUAGCUGACGCCUGCAAGAGCGACGAGUUCGUCUGUGAACAGCUCAAGACAACAGCCGACCUCCGCAAGAUGGACCUGCGCAUCCCACCCACCAAAGUGCCUGCCAAGGAAACCACCUACAUGUGCGCCUACUACGACUUCGAGAACGUCACCACCGACUUCCACGUCAUCGCCAACACCCCGAUCAUCAACAACAGCUACGUCAUGCACCACAUGCUGCUGUUCGGGUGUUCUGAUGAUUCGCAACACAACAGCCGCGCAGCCAGAGAACCGUUUGAGUGCAACAUGGGAGGCUGCAAUGACAUCAUCGGCACUUGGACAGUGGGACUCAACGGGAAUUGUUUGUUUUCUCAGGCGGGUUACAAAGUCGGUGCAACUGGCUACAAGAGGAUGUUGCUACAGUACCACUGGAACAAUCCUUUUGUGCGGUCUGACUUCGUGGACAGUUCUGGACUCACCCUGUACUACACCCCUAACCUGCGGCCCUACAACCUGGGUACUUUAAUGACUGGGCAAAACUACCUGCAGAUCCCUCCCUACACUGACGUCACCAUAGCAACGUCCGACUGCACGGCCACGUGCACCAGAACUCUCCUCACGGACGACAUCUACGUCACUGACGCCAUCAACCACAUGCACUACCUGGGCAAGAGCAUGUACGUAGAACAUCACCGCGAAGGCAGCCUGCUGAAAUACAUCACAGAGGAAUCUGCCUACAGCUACGACAGUCCACUGAUGUUCAAAUUCGACCAGCCAGUCGUGGUCAAGCCUGGGGAUGUGAUCAGGACCACGUGUCACUUCAAGUCAACGGACAAGGCCACCACCACCUUCUGGGGGCAGGGAACUCCUGACGAGAUGUGCUUUGGCUUCCUGUCCUUCUAUCCAGCGGAGUACAUGCCGACUGGGAAGCAGUGCGUGUCGACUUAUAAAACUGUGAUCGACUGCGACCCACAAACACAGAUGGGAUGUGGUUACAACGAGAGGAUCAAGUUUUCUUCGCAACUUCUCAACUCGACCACUUUCUUCCAAGACAUCACUAAAGCCUGCAGGCCGUUCGGAGUGUGUACGGACGAAUGCAAGUCUGCGAUCACGGCCGCCAUGUUGAGGGAGCCUUGCAUGAAGCAUCAGGACUCCUGGGAGCUCUUGAAGUUCUACUCCCUCAGUCAGGAUGACUUGGGGCAGACACUCUUGGCCAACAUUUUGCCUUGUGAGGUGGAGCUGUACAAGGACAGUCUGACAGAUUCCACAAAUCCACCUCAGUCAUCUGGUGCCGGCAACAAGGAGCUCACCUCUCUGUUACUCGUCAUUACGGCGUCUGUGUCCGGCAUCUGGCUGUGGAACUGAGCAACGACUAGUGGACAUCCAAGACGAAAUAAAUAUUUGAAUAGAUAUUUAAAAUAAACAAGUGGAUUAUUUUAUUUAAAAAGUGUAUUAAAAAUGUAAACUUCUGUAUGUGAUAAAUUAUAAUAUUGAAACUGAGCAAAGAACAUUUAAGAACAUUACACUAAAAAUGUAUAUUUGGGUAAACAUAAUGACAUCUUAAUGAUAAUGGCGAUGAAUACUGGAAUAACCCAACCUAAAUUUUAAUUACCCGUGAGUCUAAUCAAUGCAUGAGAUCAGGUAAAUGUCCAUCUGUAAAACUUUACACAGAUUAUAUGGUUUUGUUUGACAUUCAAUGUGUCUUCACGAACGGCUUGACAGAGAAUGGUUUAUAUUAGAGAAAAAGAAAUCGCAAAAUAAAAAAAAAA